CAGACUCAGUGCCAGGUUGUUCUUUGCAUCGAUGACAGACUUUCCAGCGUUGGGACUGAUUUCCUGUCUUCGACCCUGCUUCACCCCGUCCUCCCUGCCUCGUCUCUACCACGCCCAACAGGAAGUGUCUUGGCCAUCUGUUGGGGCUGUGUCGCACUGCACAAUUGUAUAUAAGCUGUGGUGUUUUCCCCCUUGAAACACCAAACGCUUACCAACCACCACCAAACAUGAAGCUGCUGCUGUCUAUCUGUUUGACCUUGGCUCUGCUCUAUAAAGCUGAGUCGCUACGCUGCCAUACGUGUACCAAUGAAAUGUGUACAAACUCAAACUCAGUCCAGUGUCCUGCCACGAGUACAGCAUGCAGAACUGUCACCUCAGUGACGGGGACCGGUUCAUCCGCCGAUGUGACAGUGAAUAAAAACUGUUCAUCACUUCUGUCUUGCAUCACUCCUCUCAGCGUUGAGACUGAAUGGUCAGUGAAUCUAGGUUUCUUACGGGAAGCCCACGCUCAGAUUUGCUGCAUUACUGACGACUGCAACGACCAGACACUGGCCACUCCAAGUACUUUAGUGAAUGGGAAGGUGUGUCCGGCUUGUGCGAGCUCAGCUGGCAGCUCGGCUGGGACCUGCAACGCAACAUUGCACUGUGUGGGAGCUGAGGACAGUUGCUUCUCUGGCAGCACAAACACAAACAUGCAGCUUGGUUGUAUAACCAGAAACCUCUGCGGCAUCCAAGCUGCUAUCAUAGCUGCGGUCUCUGAUUACCCGAGGAUCACAUGUGGAGCACCAUGGAGUGUCAGGAUCAGCACCAUGCUUCUGACCUUUGUUCUUACAGUGUAUAAAGUCCUUAUUUAGACAUCACAUGUAAUCACACAUUUUUGUGAUAACAUGAUAUAUGAACAGAUGAAUGCAGGAACAUCAUGUACAGAAAUACAGAAGUACAACCCAUUGCUUUCUUCUGAAAAAAUACGUGUCUGCAAGGGUGCACGCACUUAACACAUUAGAUGAUUUCAUAACAGUAUGUAACAAUGGUGUAUGAGAACAGAUCUUUGAAAGUAACACCCACAAGCACACAGAUAAAAUCAUGAACAGGCACACCCAUAAACAUGUACAGAUACAAUCAUACAGAGAUAAAGUCACAGGGAAGCAGACACACAGUUAUGCUUAUAGAUAGGAACAGCGAUAGCACGUGCUGCAAAAACAUUAAGGAUGGGGACAUAUGUUGUCCCUAUAUGGAAGACAAUUCCCCACAAUGUGACUGCGUUAACAGAUUUAGGUCCCCACAAAAAUCUAGAGAUACUUAGACCACUCAAAGAUAUAGAGUACAUGCACAAAUCUGGAUUUUAGAGAUAGACAUUCAAACAUACAGCAUGAGUCAACUGUUGAGGAGGGCUCCUGUGUUUAAGAUGUGUAAAUGGUACUAAAGGGCACUUUCAUAACUACUCCAGUAUUUACUGUGUAUUAUUCUGAUAAUAAAAUGUGUGUCACCUA